GGCUAGUACACGCGCACGCGUGCUGUUGCGCCAGAUCAUCAAACGCGCCUGCGAGUCGGAAAAAGAAAUGCAGUCGCGCGCGAGAGAGCUUCUAAAAAAUGUUAACGUUUGUCCGUCGUACAUACGUAUAUGCACGUAUAGUAUAGCACGUGUGUGUGCAAUGUGUGUUGUUCAAUGACGCUGGCGAAAUUCACGUUCCUGAGAGUCAUCGUCGUGUGUUGCUUAUAAGUAUAGCGAGCUAUGCGCAUAGAGAAUAAAAAAAGAGGAGCGAGUAUAAUAUAUAGGUAAUCAAUGUUUACACCGCUGCAGGACGAAAACAAAGCGGGUGUUCGCAGCGAGGCGUCGAGAAAAUCUAUGCGCGAUUAAAAAAUCUCCGCGAUCGACCUGUUCUCCAUUGAUCCGUGGUCACAGCGCAGCGCGCGAAGAGCAUCGGCAGACGGCAGUUCAUUUUUCAUUUCCAUACAUAAACAAUUAGAUAUAGCUCCUCUGGCUGGCUCACAACAAAACAUUCGAACCGUGUGUGACGUAUGCGAUCUACAGGUAUAUAGAGCGAGCUGCGAGUGCGAGCGAGACGGAGAGCGGAAAAUGCGACAUCGCGCUUGCGCAGCCCUCGCGCACAUGAACAUGUGUGAGUGAUCUUCUCUCACACACGCUCAACUCGCAAGCUGCUCGCUAGUCGCUGCUGCUCCAUCUCGCAGCAGCGCGGAGCACGCGUACAACAACAGUACGACACGGGGAUCACAACAGUGAGCAGCUCUAGAGUUACAUACGUACGAAAGUGAAAGAGUCCGUAUAGAUAUAUCGGAAGAGAACGGAGACCGUCCCCUGUGUGGCAGGGAGCAGCCUCCUACCACGCGCGCAUCGUUCUUUGUGUCAGCUCAGCGGAGUACUUAGUACGGAAGCCGCGGAGCGUUGGACUGCCUCGUGCCAGUGGAGUUCGGAGCAACAGCGAGAAAGUCAGGGUCAGCUCGCGGAGACGGUCUCCGCUGCUGCUGCUGCUGCUGCUCGCUCUUCCGCGGUCACGUGUUUAUCGAGUGUUCGCGCGCGCGGCGACGAGUAGUGUGCGAGAGAGCAGAAGAUAUACCUACGUACACGCACUGCAGCUGUAUAGCUAUAGUAUAGAGUGAGAGAGAGAGAGAGAGAGAGAGAGAGAGAGAGAGAGAGAGAGAGAGAGAGAGAAAGAGAGAAAGAGCGAGAGCGCGCAGCCGUGAACCAGCGGAGCGUUGUUGUUUAUGGGAGAGCGGUCGAACAGCUGUUGUCUCGCUACUGCUGCUGUUGUUGUUGACAUCAUCGGCUCGGAGCGCCGCACACUGGUCGGACGCGUCCGCCGCGCGUCCCCGUCCGGAACAUGCCCAGCUGAGCCCCCAAAGAGCCGCAGCCAGAGAUCGUAACAACGACGAGGAGCGCUGAUAGCGCUAAUAGCGCGCGGAGCAGACAUGGGCGACUCGAUGUACUCCGAGUUCUUGCUGGACGUCGGCGGUGGCGGCUCGGCGGGCCUCAAGCAGGAGGUCUCGGCCGGCAUGCCGCUGCACGCUCAGGAGAUGGGCCCGUCCUCGGCCUCGGUGCCCAUCCCCGGCGGUCACAGGGGCGGACACUCGACCUACGACGACCAGUUCUCGCCCUCGCCCCUGGCCAAUCCGGCCCUCUGGGGCAGCAGCCAUCCCGGCGAUCUUCUGCUCGAGUCGAAUCUCAAGCUCGAGCUGCAGGACAACCUGGACCCGCUGCUCUCCUUUCGCAUGGACGACGAGGACAUCUUUCAGGUGGACAAGGCUGACCUCAUUCAGGGCCCCACGCUGGCGGAGCUAAACGCCAACGAGGAUACCCUGCUGGGGGACUUGAACUUUGAUGAUCUCCUCUUGCCGGACGAGAACAUGCAGCCUAUACGCCCCGGCCCUCCUGCAGAACUGCUUCCUACCAGCAAUUCUCUGCUCGCUGCGGGUGGCAAUGCUUUCGCGCCCAGCAGCUUUCCCCAGCCUGUUCAGGGCUUCCGGAAUGUGCCACAGUACACUAGUAUGACUGGAUUUGGCUUCAACAGUGCCAUGGGUAUCAACGACCCAGUCGAGACCAUCAGCCCACCAGCGUUUCCCAGUCCUGGAACGAGUAAUCCAGCAGGUAGUUCCACAGCAAGUUCCUCAACUUCUCCACAUCCAGUCGUAAGACCAACAAUCGGCCAUUCUACUCUUCAUGAGCUUUUGCUGAGAAAAGAAGAAGGUAGUCAAAAUAUUCCAGUGUACAGUCAAAUGGAGGUAGGUGCUAGUACUUCGGGAAAAUCCAAAAUUUCGAGGCUGUCCAUGUCAGCUCCUACCCAGUCCAUGGGUCUAGAGCAAAUUUGGGCAAGGAGAGAGCCUCGCCAGCAUCUACUAAGCACCGGAAGCCUAGGAUUAGGAGAAGCUGGAUCAACUAGUAGUUUGAGCACUGGUGGUGCUUUGAGUCCAAAUCCUCUGGGUCAUAUUGAUCCAGCCAGUCAUGAUGAAGGUUACGAGGAUAGUGAUGACGACAGUGAUCAUUACGAUGAUUAUAGCAGUGAUAAUGAAUCCGGGGCCAGUGAUAACGAGGAAGGAGCAGUAGGUGGCAGGUCAACCAAUGAAUCACCGUCAAAGGAUUCAAAACACAAAAAGGAAAAAUACUUCUGGCAAUAUAAUGUGCAGGCAAAGGGACCAAAGGGUCAGAGACUUGUAGCUCGAGCUCGCCUAGAGAAUCCACAUGUGCUUAAUGAAGCAACAGACCCUGUGUUCAGUCCUCACUGUGCACUGCGAGGUAUAAAACAUAGUGGCAAAGCAAGAAAAGGUGAUGGCAACGAUUUGACGCCAAAUCCACGCAAAUUACACAAUAUUGGCAAAGAACUCGACAAACUUUCACGUAUCAUAAACGAUAUGACGCCUGUUUCUGAGUUACCUUUUCCAGUGCGACCAAAAACUCGGAAGGAAAAAAAUAAAUUAGCCUCGCGAGCUUGUAGGCUGAAAAAGAAGGCCCAACAUGAAGCAAAUAAAAUAAAACUUCAUGGCUUGGAGCAAGAGCACAAGCGGCUUAUACAAGGUAUAGUGCAAGCUAAACAAAUUCUAGCUGCCAAGUUAUCUGAAACAAAUCCUGAAGUUCAAGAGGAGCUAACACGACAAAUGGAAUUAGUUUGUAAAAAUGCGACGAAAGUUAAAAUAGCUAAUCAUUCUACGGAGUUUGUGAAUACGGUGUUAGAUAAGGUGAAAGCUGGAGUACCUGAUGGAGGAAUAGAUGAAUUCUAGUACAUGGUUUUAUCUGUUAUAAGUAAUUUUGGCUGUUUGUGUACAAAAUAUCGACGAUUGGGGUAAAUACUGCAAGACUUGCAAGUUUACAAGUUCUCAAGUUAUCAAGAUGAAAUAUUGUUUGUAAUCACAAAGAGUUAAGAGUAAUCUAUUAUAUAUUUUAAUUAUAUAAAUAAUGUAACUAUAAUUAACUAUGACGAUAGAGCAUAGAGUACAUUAGCUAUAUAGAAAUCUGUAUUUGUGCCUGGCAGAUAGAUAAUCAGUACCUCACAUUUUUCAUUUCUGCAAAUGUCUUCUGAUACAAAAACUAUCCAUAAAAAUGUCUGCCAAUCACAUGCAGAAUACUGGCUAACUUGUUCUACCUCAAAAUGAAACGUUAUACCUGCAUACAUUUUUCAAAUGAUAAAUCGAUAAUUCAUUUAUAAUCUAACUUUAUGAAGCUAGGUAUACACGUAUUACUUACAUUUAUUUUUACACUUACACUUACAUCUUGUUUAUAUACAGAAUCCAUUUAUUGGCGUAAUAAUUAAUGAAUUUUGUGCUCUUAUUUUAUUUAUGCUUUUCCGUUGAAAAGAUCAUUAAUUUUACCAUAUCUGUUGAACAUUUUUAUUUUAUUUUUUGUACUCAAACUCUUAUUUUAAUUGUCAAUAUUGAAUAGUUCUUGACAUUGAAUCGUACAAUGGAAUAUCGAGACUGUAAUAUUGCAUCAUGACUUAGUAAUGUUACACUAUUCUUAAUGUAAACCAGUCAAUGUCCAGAAUUUUGAAAUAGGAUCGUAUAUCCUAAGCUUUUGUGUAAAAUAAGAAAAAAUUUAAUAUAAGUUGUUUUGUUUUGUUUUUAUAUUAAUGUUGUACCGGAAUUCGCCUAUACAUAUAAAAAAGAAAUUAAAAUUAAUCUAAAGAGAAAUGUUUUCAAAAAGUAUAUAGUAUAUAUGAAUGAAAUUUAAAGAGGUUCGCUCUGGUAGCGGAUCUAAGAUUAUAUUAUACACAGAAUAAAAAAAGCCAUAUUGAUUCUUAUUUUAGCGCGCUAAAGUCCGUGAGUGUAUGCAUAUGUUUCUUAGCAAUCUUGCAUUCACAAUUAUCAAUUAUACAAAUAUAUAUUCAAAUUUUAAAAAAGAGGGUCUUGUGUAUUAUAUGGGCGCUUUAGAAAGCUCUAUACAUUUUCACAUAUUUUUAUGUUUUUAAGUGUAUAAAAAAGAGAAAUGAAACCUUGAUUAAUAAACCUGUUUAUAAAUUACAAAACAAAA